GUGUUGCAGAUAAACGGUGUGCUGAAGUGUUGGCUUUUCCUAAUGACAUUGAAGGAGUAAACUCUUUGGCGGUUUUUCAAUCUACCGAUUAGAAUUAUUCCAACCUUCGUCUUCUGAUUGUUUUGAUACGCUGUCAUUUGGUGUUCAUAAGCGAAACCCACUUUAUUUCCCCGAGAUUCAUGCGGCCAUAUUUCUAAUGUACAAUAAAAUAACUUGAAAAUAUCACGUGUGUGUGUGUGCAUGUGACUAUACAUAUUUAUAUAUAUAUCCAAGCCCUAGACACACUUUUAAAAUCCCGAAGCCCUCUCUUGCACCCUCUGCGUCCAACAUCAAAUUUGCUCUCAUAGACAAGAACGAGACAAUUGGUUGUGUUUUCCACAUCAACCUCAUCCUCUUCAAAGCUCCGUGCAUCAUCUCACUAUUGGUUGUGUUUUCCAUGUGUGUGAUGAGGUGGCAAUUGAUUCGGUGCUCAGAACAAAUCGGAUGGCGCUAUGUCAACAUUUUCAAUGCACUAUAGAGCAUCCACCACAAGCCCUAAAACCCUAAGCUCUUGCACUAGAAUCAACCAAACCUCUCUGUGAUUGAUCUUAUGGCUUCACCUAAACAAGGCAGAUAUCCAUACAACUAUGUAGGCAUGCCUUGUUCAUUUUCUUCAUAAAAAGCCCAAACUAUUCAUAAAAGACCAAACUAAGGCAAAAUUGAUUUUAAUGGACUAGAUGUGCAUUUUAUACAUCGCUUAAAAACCCGCGACCUCCACUCCCAUGGAGCCGGCGACCGUUACCGUUAGCCAAGCCGCCCAGCUCCAUGCGCAGCUCGUCAAAACAGCCCCACACUCCGAUUCCUACCUCGCCAACGCCACUCUCCGCGCCUACUCCAAAUCCUCUCGCCCAGGCCGCGCUCUCAAGCUAUUCCUCCAUCUCCAAUGCCACCCCUUCGCACCAAUCCCCGACCACUUCACCUUCUCCACUCUCCUAUCUGCCGCCGCCCGCCUCGGCUCUUUCGCAGCCGGCCGCCAGCUCCACGCCCUCCUCCUCAAAUCCGCUCUUCACUCUUCCUCAUCUCAUCACUCCCUCAACUCCCUCAUCUUCUUUUACUCCUCAUGUCGUCUCCUCCUCCCCGCACUCCAGGUAUUCGAUGAAAUGCCCCAACGGGAUGUCGUCUCCUGGACCUCUGCCAUCGCUGCUGCUGUCGAUGCUGAUUCCUCAGGUUAUGCCCUCGACCUCUUCGAAUCUAUGAUGGCUGAUGGUAUCCCACCCAAUGAUGCUACAACUGUUGUUGCGCUCCGAGCUUGUGCAGAUCUUGGAGCACUUGCUACUGGCCGAAGAAUCCACCGCUUUGCCCGUGUUCUUGGGUUCAGUUCCAAUCCCAACGUCUCCACUGCCCUUAUUGAUAUGUAUGCGAAGUGCGGAAGGCUUAAGUGCGCAGAAGAGAUCUUUGACAGAAUGCCUGAAAAGGAUGUUUUUGCAUGGACGGCUAUGAUUUUUGGGUUCUCGAAUCAUGGAAAAAGUAGGGAGGCCCUUGAUUUGUUUCAAAGGAUGGUGGAGAUGGGCGUGAGGCCUGAUGACCGGACCAUUACUGCUGUUCUAUGUGCAUGUAGGAGUAAAGGCUGGGUUGCUGAGGGCUAUAGAGUUUAUAAUAACAUGCAUAAGUUUGGGAUGAGGCCAAGGAUCCAACAUUAUGGUUGUAUGGUGGAUUUGCUUGCAAGGGCUGGACACUUAGAUGAAGCGGAAGGAUUUAUCAAAAAGAUUCCUAUUGAAACUGAUGCAGUUCUGUGGAGAACAAUGAUCUGGGCUUCCAAGCUUCAUGGAGAUGAAGAACGCGCGGAGCGUUUGAUGGAGGAAAGACUGCUGCUUGAAAUUGGUUCUUUGGAUAUUGGAAGCUAUGUUCUCAUGGGUAAUGUCUUUGGUUCAGUAGGGAAAUGGAGAGAAAAGGCUAAGGUGAGGGAAAUGAUGGUAAGGAGAAGAGUUGGGAAGUUACCUGGAUGCAGCAGGAUUGAAGUUAAUGGGAUGAUUCAUGAGUUCGAGGCAGGGGAUAGUGGUCAUCCAGAUGGGAGAAUGAUCUAUGAGAAGUGGGGUGAGGUUGUUGAGAAACUGAGAAUGGAGGGCUAUUCUCCAACCGUUUCAGAAGUAAUACUAGAUAUGGAGGAUGAAGAAAAGGCUUCACAACUGAAUCACCAUAGUGAGAAACUUGCCCUGGCAUUUGGGUUGAUUAAGAAAAGCCCUGGGGAGGAUAUCUUAAUUGUGAAAAACCUGAGAUCUUGUCAGGAUUGUCACUCUGCAAUGAAACUAAUAUCAAGGGUGUAUAAUAGAGAGAUAACCAUCAGGGAUAGAAUAAAGUUCCAUCAUUUCAGCAAUGGGAUUUGUUCAUGUGGGGAUUAUUGGUAGCAUCUGUUUUUAGAUUAAUGCUUGGUUUUGUGCCGCUGUAUAAAAAACUUAGGGGUUAGUUUAUUCUGUCAAAUAUCAUUUUUGUGUACUAAAAAAUCAAUGAUAUUGUUCAAUAGUAAAAUGUUCCAAGUAUUUAUUUUA